AUGUCGACGCUCGAAGACCUGGACGCUCUGGAGCACCAGGAUAAGAAGGAAGGCGAGGACCAAGAUCCCAAGAAACCCAACCAGGGCGGCGAUGCCGACAUGAAGGAUGCCGACGGCGACAACAAGGACGCCGAAGAAGAGGAGGAAGAGGUGCUCGACGCAGACAUCCUCAACUCAAGCACACGAGACAUUGUCACAAGGCGGCGACUGCUCGAGAACGACACGCGCAUCAUGCGCUCAGAGUUCCAGCGCCUCACACACGAGAAGCAAGCCAUGCUCGAGAAGAUCAAGGACAAUGUCGACAAGAUUGAUAACAACCGUCAACUCCCAUACCUUGUCGGAAACGUGGUCGAGAUCCUCGAUCUGGAUGUAGAAGAAGACGCUGCCGAAGAGGGUGCUAACGUCGAUCUGGAUGCCACACGCGUAGGAAAGUCGGCCGUCAUCAAGACAUCAACUCGCCAGACAAUCUUCCUGCCCCUGAUCGGUCUGGUCGACCACGAGAAGCUCAAGCCUGGUGACCUCAUUGGUGUCAACAAGGAUUCGUACCUCAUUCUCGACACACUCCCCGCCGAGUACGACAGCAGAGUCAAGGCCAUGGAGGUCGACGAGAAGCCCACCGAAAAGUACACCGACGUUGGUGGUUUGGACAAGCAGAUUGAAGAGCUGGUCGAGGCUGUCGUCUGGCCCAUGAAGGAGGCUGAGCGCUUCAAGAAGAUUGGAAUCAAGGCCCCCAAAGGUGCCCUCAUGUACGGCCCUCCCGGUACCGGAAAGACCCUGCUCGCUCGUGCCUGCGCCGCCCAAACAGAAGCCACCUUCCUCAAGCUCGCCGGUCCUCAGCUCGUUCAGAUGUUCAUUGGUGACGGUGCCAAGUUGGUGCGCGACUGCUUCGCGCUGGCCAAGGAGAAGGCCCCCUCGAUCAUCUUCAUCGACGAGCUCGACGCCGUCGGUACCAAACGUUUCGACAGUGACAAGAGUGGUGACCGUGAAGUCCAACGCACCAUGCUUGAGUUGUUGAACCAGCUCGACGGUUUCGCCAGCGAUGACAGAAUCAAGGUUCUUGCCGCGACAAACAGAGUCGAUGUUCUCGAUCCUGCUCUGCUUCGUUCUGGUCGUCUUGACCGCAAGAUCGAGUUCCCCUUGCCCAACGAGGAGUCUCGCGCUCAGAUUCUUCGCAUCCACAGCAGAAAGAUGACUGUCGACGAGGGCGUCAACUGGCCCGAGUUGGCAAGAAGCACCGACGAGUUUGGUGGCGCCAUGCUCAAGGCGGUCUGUGUCGAGGCUGGAAUGAUCGCACUACGUUCAGGUCAAUCCAAGAUCGUCCACGAACAUUACGUCGAUGCGAUUGCCGAGGUCCAAUCCAAGAAGAAGGAAUCAAUCUCAAUCUAUGCCUAA